ACCGGGGGAGUGGGCAUUUGGGGAUGUGAAGGAGUCUGGGUGGGAAGGACUACAACUCCCAGCAUGCGCUGCGAUUGGGUUAAGUACUUAGGCGGUGAGAUGAGCGAUGCAUGCCGGGAGUUGUAGUGUUGUAGUCCAUGCCGUAUUUGCGGUUCGCUGUGAAAGCUGUCCCGCAACAUCGAUAAUGAAGCCCCGCCACACAUCUUCCAAUAAAAUGGGGAAACCAACUAGUGGGAGAUCAGCAAAAAAUACUUUUAAAUCGCAAAAUCAACAAGGGCCUUCCAGCAAAAAAAAGGGAGCAGAUGAACAAGGAAGAAAACAAGGUCAAAAAAGACAGCAGGUCCCUCAGAAAGUCAAAAGGGAAGUUAAGGAAUUCAAGGACUAUUCCCCUGCAGGAGAAAAUGGUUCUUCAAAAAAGGUGAAGCUGUCCAGUGCUACAUUAAGAUCUUGGCAGCCUCUCUCAGAGAACAGUAGGCUGUUCCUGGAAAAUAUAGUGGAUUCAGUAGUACUAUCUGUUUUGUCCCAGCAGAGGAAGAAAAACGAUGAUGUUCAGAAGCACCUCAAUGUACUGAAAAAAAGGGUGCUGAGAAGUUUCAAGUCUUUAAAGGUGCCUCCAGGGGAGCUGGGCAACCUGAAGAGUAUCCUGAGCCUUCAAAUGGCAGAGAAGCAAAUGCUUGAGACAAAUGAGGAGUCUCUGGUACAACUGCAGGAAGAAAUAACUGAAGCAGAACGAUCAGCAGAGCGCACUGAGGAAAAUAUACAGCAGCUGAAGUAUAAAAUCCAGGUGCUCAAGAACCAGCUGGAGGAAGAUGAAAAAAAUGCCAGGAAGAUAUUCCAGGAAAAUGACAGUGGAGCACUCCACCUCCCAGAACUCCCCAAGCACAGUUUGCAGGCACCCAUUUUGCAGGAGGAAAUUUUGAAGGUAAAGAAUCAGAAGGGCCUUUUAAAUGAUAUGAAUGCUAUUCAGCAGUCAGCUGACUUGAAGAACUUGUUAACCCUCAUUGAGAAGACCUAUGAGAAGGUGGAUUUGCUUUGAGAAGCCAAAUGUGUGGAGUGUCCAUGCUGAGUUUCUGAGAAUCUGCUUUCUUCCUGAUGGCCUUCCUCUUGUGACUGCUGAAUUUCUGUUAAAACAUUUUCUGUUAACAUUGGUAUAUAAAUCUGUGGACACAUUUUGGGACUCAAGUGAUUUCAGUCAUCUGUCAAGUUUUAUUGGGGUUUUUUUGACCUGUGCUGACUUCUAAUGGUGACAUGUCUAUCCUGUCUUAGGACAAGGGAAACAAAUGUAUCCUGGGUUAUGUGGGUGUUUUCACAGAAUAAGGGAGCUAUUCCAUUGUAUUUGCACUUCUAUAUUUGUAAAUCACUUAAGGCAUUGUUUUUAACCAAAGUAGUUUUUAUCUGGGAGUUUAAACCCAAAACAGGUAGCAAAAAUAAGCUUGUCUAAUACUCAGUUGUAAACUCCCUGUUCAACUUUCUUACUAUUUUUAAAAUAAACUCUCAGUUGAAGGAAAUGGAAUAAUUUUUUAUCAAAUGUACAAAAUUGUUUUUACAUUUUCAUUACUUAAUAUAAAAAUCAACAUCAAACAACAUAAAGUACUUUCUCAGGUUAAAUUACCUGCUGGAAGAUAGCAGUGCUCUUUACACUGACUUGCUUCAUAAACUCUUGUUCUUCUUGUUUACAAGCUGCUGCUAUUCUUUGAGACAAAAGCUAAUUAUCUUCUAUGAGGGCUUGAAAGCUUCUCUGGAGUUAGAAUCAUGGAAUAUCUCAAGUUGGAACAAACAAACCUGUAAGGAUCUCAGAGUCAGCUCAGGAUUACCUAAACCAUGUAGGAUCAGGAAAACCAGACUAAGUACUUGCUUUAUACUGAAUCACAGGAUAAGGAAUAUAGUUAUUUAGAAAUACUUCUCAUAUUUAUGAUUACUUGGCAAGGGGAGCAUUUACUGAUAUAACCAUUUCCCCCAAAUCAUUUAAUCCAGA